AUCACUAAGCUUGUCUUAGUACUUUCAUCUUCUCCUUCCCCACUUUCCUCUCCCCAACUGCAAACAUGCCAAACCCGCCUCAAACAGUCGACCUUCUCAUUCUAGGUGCAGGAUGGACUUCAACUUUCCUAAUUCCCCUAUGCAAAUCCCGAAACAUCCCAUACGCAGCAACCUCUCGUCCCGGCUCACCCAAACCCGACACGAUUCUCUUCGAGUACGAUCCGACUUCAGACGAUCCAAACCCUUACAACGUUUUGCCACAUGCGAAGACUGUAGUCAUUACAUUCCCGAUCAAGGUGAAAGGCGGAUCGGGGAGGCUGGUGAAACUAUAUGAACAGACACACGCGUCAGAGACGCGAACUGGGUUCAUUCAAUUGGGAUCGACAGGGAUUUGGGAUGGCGGACCUACACUUGACGGGAAGCCUCAAAGCAAGUGGUUCGAUCGCCAUUCCCCCUUCAAUACCUCAAACGAUCGAGCAGCCGCCGAAACUAAGUUAUUGGACUUAUCCCCAGAGUCACAUACCACCGUCCUAAAUCUUUCCGGACUUUGGGGAGGGCAGAGAGCGUUGAAACAUUGGGUUGGCAAGGUUGCUCCCACUAAGGAGGUUCUCAAGAAUAAGGGAAGUAUACAUAUGAUCCAUGGCGAAGACGUCUCGAGAGCUAUACUCGCUGUCCACGGAAAUUUUGAACCAGCUAUUGGUCAACGUUGGAUCCUAACAGACCAGCGGGUGUACGAUUGGUGGGACUUGGCGUCUGCAUGGGGUGAGACUGAGAGUAAAGAAAAGAGCCAGAGCGAGGAAUCAGGUUCGAACGGGGAUGAAGGGAGAGGCCCACAAGCGAGAUGGGUUAGAGAGUUAAUGGUAGAGACUGGUGUACGUGCGUUGCCUAGGUCGCCGGAGCAGAUGGUUGGGAGAGCGUUAGAUAGCAGGGAGUUUUGGGAUACGUUUAAGGUUGAGCCUGUGCGAGCUAGGCUGGAGUGAUAUGCACAUGUUCUCUGGGCACAAUGAGAAAGUUGGUAUUGAAUUUUACGUGGCCAGAUAGGAAGGACUUUCCCGAACUCUAACGUGUGUUCAAAUCCUUUUGCAUCAUACACACUUGGAUCUCGCCAACGGGAGGCGCAAACUCCAUGGCUUCUUCACCUAAAAGUCGAUAUCCCAGGUGUUCAUACAUAGGUACCUAGUCUCAUAAAUCAAUACGGUUAACGAUUC